GCGGAAACUAUCGCUCUCACCUAGGCUACAUCUUUGCAGCGAGUGCUUCGAGCUAGAUUUCAAUUCUGUCAUCAAACAAUCAUCAAUCAAAGCAACAAGCAGAUCAACAAGUUCAUCCAGAAAUGGCGCCGCCAGCGAAGAAGAGACGCACCAGGGGUGACGCUGUUGCCGUCGCAGCAGAGCAAGCUCAAGAGCCAAAGGUCGAGGAGCCAAAGGCUGAGGAAUCAAAAGCCGAAGAGUCAAAUAUCGAAGAAUCACAGCCCGUCGAAACAGCCCCCGAACCGACCGCAGCAGAGAAUGAACCGGAUGCUGCAGCUAAAGCGCAAGACCGCAUGGCUCGAUUCAAAGCUCUCCAGGCCCGUGCCAAGAAAUCAUCAGAAACCAACUUCAAGGAGGCAACUCUGGAAUCACAGCGUCUCUCUACGAACCCCAGCGAACUCACUGCUCUGCAUCGGAGACAUGCAAUCGCAUCCCACAAGCUGCUCAAGGCAGACACUGAAGAGGCUGGCGAAGACUUUGAGCGCAAACGGGCGUGGGACUGGACCAUAGACGAGAGCGAAAAAUGGGAUAAGCGUAUGAAGAAGAAGGGGGCGCAUCGCGACAACAACGCCUUUCAGGAUUACCAUCAAGAAGCCAACAAGUCCUACAAGAGGCAGCUGCGCAACAUCAAUACCGACCUGGAAAAAUACGAGAAGCAGAAGAUGGCUGCCAUCGAAAAGGCUGCGGCAUCUGGUGGCCUGGACAUUGUCGAGACGGAGGAUGGCGAGCUCAUUGCCGUGGAUAAAGACGGCACCUUUUACUCGACUGCCGACUCGACAUCUUUUACACAAAACAAACCCGAUAAAGAAGCUAUUGAUCGUUUGGUCAAGGAUCUUCAGCGUGCAGAAGAUGUCCGCCUCAAGAAGAGAAAGGAACGGAUGGCGCAGAAUGGCGAAGACGGAGAUGUCACAUACAUCAACGAGAAGAACAAGCAGUUCAACCAGAAGCUGUCACGUUUCUAUAAUAAAUACACGGCGGAGAUUAGAGACAGUUUUGAGCGCGGGACGAUGAUUUGAAACGCCGGUUGGGGGAUAUGGACACUGUUAUUGAAAUUUUUUAUGAGGCGCUGAUUGGGGAUAUGGACUCUAUGGUUGAAUUUCAUGAGGGGAGUUUUCCCUCUCCUGCUUCAGGAUCAAUCCGCACAUAUAGACGUACAGAACUUUACUUUUAAUGAUACAUGAACUUUUCGUUU